AGUGAUGAAUCUAACCUAAAAUUCUGAAGUAAAGUUUGUUUGAAAAGCGGUGAAUAUUUAUACAUAUUUUUUUAAGGUGUUGUGUAAAUUGUCCAGAACACAAUGACAACAACCCUCAAGUAUGUUGGCAAAAAAACUCGUUGCCAAGGUAAAACACUAUGGGAAAUCCUUGGUAAUUUAAAGGAUUUCGGCGUUGGACGAUUAAUUGUUCGUAAUUCAUAUGCAAGAUAUAAAGAACCAUGUUUUAUGCGAGUGAUUGAAGUUAAAGCUCAACCAAAUAAAGUUCCGCCUCCAAUUAAAGUGUAUCGACCACCAAAUGAUCUCAGAGAUAACGACAGAGCUCGAGAGGUGCAUAUGAUAUGCGAAACGGUUUUUCGCGGUGUUAAAUUCGAACAACCGCAACAAAUCGAUACCGCUUCAAUUUUGCCCGACUACAGUUUGGUACCAAAGCAUUUGGAACACACAUACACCUAUUCAAAGUUAGCCAGCGAAAAACGGGAAGAAAACAUUAUACCAGCAUACAUAGAAGUUCCGCCAUUCUUAAAGUAUCUUCUUAAAAAAGAUGGUAUUGAUGACCCAAAAAUUAAUACUAUCAUAAACCAAUCGCCCGAAUCGCUAUAUCGUUUAGCCAAAGAUGGUGAACAACCAACGAAACCAUUUUCAACCGGUUUUCAAAGAGCAAACAAUUCGAAUUUGUACAAGGGCAUCCAAGAAGAUAUUUAAUUAGUGAGGAACUCGAAUUGAUUCCGAGAAUAGAUUUAGAGAUGUUUUUAUUUGAUGGCAAAAAGAGAAGAAUAAAAAAAUGCAAAAAACUCCCAUGUAAAAAAAUAAAUAAAU